UUUCCAAAAGCUUUUGACAUGUUUAAAUUAAAAGCUGAGAUUACAUGGAAUCAUCAGAAAGAAUCAAAUUCUAUUGAAUUACUUGCACCAAAUUUUCAAGAAAGCAUACAGAACCAACAAGAG